AUGUCGAUUGCAGCUUCAGCACGCUCCACGCUCGUCAGAGCAUCCAAGGCAUCUAGUGUUCGUGCCUUGGGAGGCCUUACCGCUGUCCGAACCAAGUACACCCUUCCGGACCUGCCAUAUGACUUCGGCGCUCUCGAGCCACAUAUCUCUGGCCAAAUCAUGGAGACCCAUUACACAAAGCACCACCAAACCUAUGUCAACGGCAUCAACGACGCGCAAGAGAAGUUCGCCGCCGCGUCUUCACCUGCCGAGAAGGUUGAAUUGACUUCGCUCAUCAAGUUCCACGGUGGUGGCCAUGUGAACCAUAGCUUGUUCUGGGAGAAUUUGUCUCCUACCAGCAAGGCUGGUGGUGCACCACCCAGUGGUAAGUUGAGCGAGGCAAUCAACGAUACCUGGGGUAGCUUGGAUGGCUUCAAGGGAAAGAUGAACACCGCUCUUGCCGGUAUUCAGGGAUCCGGAUGGGGAUGGCUUGUCAAGGAUAACACCACCAAUAAGUUGUCUAUCAUCACUCUACCCAACCAAGACCCAGUAAGCACCACCCAGUACACUCCAAUCAUUGGUAUUGACGCCUGGGAGCACGCAUAUUAUCUCCAAUACAAGAACGUUAAGGCCGAUUAUUUCAAGGCUAUCUGGAACGUUAUCAACUGGCAAACUGGAGAGAAGAGAUUCUCUUCCUAG